GUUGCGAUUAGUUUUUGAGCGGAGCUACGCGAAGGUGGCCGCACUUUUUGUUGGUCCGAUUGGCUGGAGUGUGCGUCAUUAGAAUUUGGGAAAAACAAAUAUUAACAGUGUUUAGGAUGUAUCCAAUUUGGUUGCGUUUGCUAGUGCUGGCAGUAGGCUGUGCGUUGGCGGCAGAAGUCUUUCAAAAUGCCCAAUUUCAGUGUGGGAUACCGAAGCAAGCCAACACGCUGCUAAUUGUCAACGGGGCCGAUGCGAAGAUCAGUGACUGGCCGUGGCAUGCUGCGAUUAGACUUCACACCAGCGACGGUCAACCGCAGUACGUCUGCGGGGGGACGCUGAUUAGUGAGAGAUUUGUGUUGACCGCAGCUCACUGCACUCUCGGUGAGAAUCCCAAUAAAUUACCUACGAUUUCCGUCCAAUUGGGGGUGAAUGCUGUCGGUUCACCGGAAGGAAAGGUGUACAAGGUGGAGAAAAUUCAUCGUCAUGCUGGGUUUGCAUUAGCCGACCUCAAGGAUGAUAUUGCAUUGUUGGAGUUGGACUCGCCGGUAGAAUUUACCGACUACAUUUUGCCAGUUUGUUUGAGUAAAAAAACCACGAUCGAGGCUGGCAAGCUAGGAGCUGUGGUGGGAUGGGGAUUCACCGAAAAUGAUUUUCCUUCGACGAAGCUGAAGCUGGCGAAAUUGCCUGUGGUUGAUAAGAAGGAGUGCCAACGGCGCGAACCGGAGUUGUACGGUCGAGUUUUGAAGGAAAAGGUCUUCUGUGCGGGUUAUACUAAUGGAACUUCUGCUUGUAAUGGUGACAGUGGCGGUGGUAUUGUCUUCGAGCGAGGUGACGCUUGGUACUUGGGAGGAAUCGUCUCGUUCACCCGUUCUAGAGAUGGAUCGAGUCUGUGCUUGACAACUACAUACACGGCCUUCACCAAAACCGAAUCAUAUCUGGAUUGGAUUGCGCGAAUAACGAACAUUGAUUUCAGCGAAGAGUAUGGAAUAGAGAAAACCGUUCCCUGCUCAACCAAGGACACACCGGAUGGAUUUUGUGUUCCAGUGCAACAGUGUCGUAAUAUUUUGGAUGCUCUACGGUCGCCUCUACUAUCGAAGGAGACAGCGAAUCAGUUGAAGCAGAACGUGUGUCAACUACGUGGUAUUCGUCGCAGCGUCUGCUGCCAACCGGAUCAGGUCGAAAAAAUUCCAAUCCAUCGGAAUGCCAUACUGCUUCCGCAGGAUUGCGGAGUGGCCAAAAGAAGUGAACCAACCACAACCGCCGUUCGAGCAAAGGUUUACGAAUUUCCCUGGAUUGCUCUUGUACUCUCUAGUAAAGCUACUCCAGAAAAGAAUCCCUAUUGCGUGGGAUCUCUGAUCAAUAACCGUUAUGUACUGACGUCUGCUGGGUGUUUGAAGGCGAAAGAACGCAUCGAUUUAGACUUCGUUCGACUCGGAGAACACACUUUGAACCAACCGCAGGAUUGCGAUACAUACAACGACCCCGAAACCCGCAAUACUGUCGAGGAAUGUGCAGCCCCUCCGUUAGACGUUAAAGCAGUGCUUCCCUUCACAAUUCACCCGCUCCAUAAUAAACCUUUCAGAGGCAAUGACUUUGCAUUGAUUCGAAUGGAGCAAAAGGUGGCGUUCACUGAUAACAUUCGACCGAUCUGUCUACCUGUCCGGGAAGCCCUACGAAACAAUCUGCCCCAUGAAUUUGUUCUAACCUUGAUGGAAACCACCACCAAGCAGGAACUGUACAAAACCCGGUCAGAGUUCACGGAAGUUGAGGAGUGCGAAGAACGUUUCGAGGAUUAUGGCUACACUCCAUGGGUGACGGACAAAAUGUUCUGUGCACUGGCUCAGGGGCCCAACUUUGUAUGUACCCCUCACAUGGGAGCUCCGUUGGUUUCGAUGGUCCAACAGGGUAGCACCACCCGCGCGGUGUUGUACGGCACGGCGAUGAUGAAUCCAAGCAACUGUACGAUCGCACGGACCAUUCCGAAGACCUACCUGAGGGUGCCACUGUACGUGGACUGGAUUUUAGAGAAUAUGGCACCUUAAAAGCGGAAGUGAUUAUUUAAAUUUUGCAAAUAUAAACAAAACCAAACUCUUGCAGCAGAGGAUGGUCUAAAGAUAGUCAAA